CCAGCUACGACAAACAGCAAACAGUGAACACUACCCAUCCAUCAGCACCCAAACCCAACGCUCACGACACAAUCCACUCUUGUGUUUGGCCAAUUCAACUCUGUGCGGGAUCGCUACGUGCCUGCUUCCCGGGAGGGGUAGAAAACAACGCGGUGGAUAUUUCGCGGAUAGGAGAAGAGCAAUCUGCACCAAAAAGCGAAACAGAGCUGUGUGUGUGGAGAGGUUGACUGGAAAAGCUCGAUACCAUGGGGGAUGUGGGAGUCAUUAACCACACCAUCUACGUGAGCAACCUGAACGAGAAGAUCAAGAAGCCUCUGCUCAAGAAGUCGCUGCACAGCGUGUUCAGCCAGUUCGGCAAGAUCGUGGACAUCGUGGCAUGUCGGGGGCUCAAGCUUAAAGGACAGGCGUGGGUGGUGUUCGCGGAGAAGAGCAUGGCCACAAACGCCCUCCGACAGAUGCAAGGGUUCCCGUUCUUCGAGAAGAAGAUGAGAAUUCAGUUCGCUAAGACGGAGAGCGACGUGAUCACAAAGAAGGCGGGGACCUACGUCCCCCGCGAUAAGCGGAAGCUGCCCUCUGCGGACGCGUUGAACGGCAACGGCCUUCACCAGGCGGCGCCGGCGCCGGCAGCGACGACUCCCAGUGCCGUAGGCGCCGCAGGCGCUGCCACCGUGCCUCCCGCCUCCGCCCUACCGCCGGUCCCUCCGCCUGCUGCCGUCGUCGCGGGUGCCCCGCCUCCGGCGGUGCCGCAGCCCGCGGGUCCCAUCGGAGACGUGCCGCACAACAUCCUGUACGCCACCGGCCUACCGCCGGAAAUCACUCAAGUCAUGUUGUCAAAGCUUUUCGAGCAGUACCCGGGGUUCUCGGAGGCACGGAUGGCACCGGGAGGCCAGGCUUUCAUCGAGUUUGCGGACCAGAUGCAGGCCGGCAUCGCCCUGAACGCUUUGAACGGCUUCAAGCUCUCGGCAACAAACCCCCUCCAACUAGCCUUCGCGCGCAAGGCGUGAAAGCGGCAUGGUGGAUGGGAGAGGGAAGUGCAAGAAGAGACGAAGAGAGAAAAGCGGAGAUGCCCAGCGGUGGUGGGCAAGGGGCGUCGGCUCCGCCCCCGUCCAUCGCUCCAUACUUUUCGUUUGUAUUCCGUUCACACUCACGCGCGUGUGUCAUCAACCACCUGUUACUGUCUGUCCUUAUUCUGGGUGUAGCCGUAUCGUAGGACGGGGAACGGAAGAGCAACAACGGGAAGGAAGUCAGCCAACGAUGAAAACCACGGGUAGAAGGGGAAGACGGCGUGCUUGUGCUGGGUUGUUGACGGGGUCGGUCUCAAGCCUCGCGGUUGCGUAGGAGCAGAAUAGUAGUCCAGGGGUGGCCUAAGCCUAUUAACGGUGGUUUUACAGCAGCAGCGCGUAGAACGAUGGUAGCAAGUAGCGCCCGGCCUUUUGGCUUCUCCUCGCACUCGUGGCUCUGCUGGUUUGGGUGCGGGGGCUGGGGCAGUUUUAUUUUGUGCUGUUGGUUGCUGGUUGCUCGCGUGGUCGAGAAGGGAGUGUUCGGGGAGGGCAGUAUAGACUUGUUGAUGGCCUCGGCCUGAGAUGGCCCUUGCUUCUGAUGGUCGGUCUGUCUAGUGCUACAAACAAUGGUACACAGUAUGAAAAAGGCAGAAACCGUUCACGCACGCGAGGGCGGGGGCGGGGUGAUUCAUGGAACGGUGGGCUGUUCCUGUUAUCGUGCUAGGAUGUGGUUGAUUGCCCACUUCUAUCUUACUGUUUGGGACGUACCUAAAAGAUACUGCGAUGGAUUGCGUGCAGCAAGAUCACUUCCUGUCUUUGGGAACGCUUGGUGCGCGUAUGUAGGUGAGGAAGAGGGAGCGCUCGGGACACCGGACACAGCGGUGUGCGUGGUUUUCGGCGGAAACUAUGAAUCCACGUCUCCCCUCCAUCCUAAUCAUCGAGAGGGAAGCUUCUGCUUGUCGCCAUCUGUUUAUGUAGUCCUCCGGACGGAGAAGACGCGGCAUUCAGUUCAAGACUUUUUACUCUCUUUUACACCCAUGUGUGUCUUUCUUUUCUGAGAGUGCGUUCAACGGUU